UAGAAAGUCCUCACCGUAGAAAACCAAACGUGAGUCUUUGUCAAAUAGAAACAAAGAGAGCAAGACAGAGAGGUGGAUUCAUAUUUCAUAUUGAAUUUUAAAUGCACGCCUCUGCCUCUCUAUAUAGCCUACCAAGAACGCAGUUGAUCUGAAUGCAUAACAUAAUAUGUGAGUUUAUGCACCUUGCAGGCAAAGUUUCAAGGGAACUGCCACCAACCAGAUCUCUGAGUAGCGGCAGGAGUAGAAGAGAAGAAAGGACGUUCACGUUUGUCGUAUCCCUCCUUUCACUACUUUCGUAGGUGGAAGAAGCUGAUGGACGUGAUAGCCGAUUUAAUGCAGACAACUGUUCGUUAACCUGCACGGACUAUUAGAAAUGGGUCCAGCUUUGUCGAGGACAGGAGACGGAGAGACGGAGGAACAUUACAUGUGUUGCCCUGCGUAAGAACCCAGUGUGAAAGAAGAACAGAUUUCUAUUGCGCUUUAUAGUUCAACGCAUUUGUAGAAUCGCACGGCGGUCGAGUCAUGUCUUUUGAAUUCCGAAUACUGAUGUUUGGAAUCGGGACAGCCCUGGUUAUAUUUGUUAUUAUAUCUGAUAUAUCGGAAGUGGAGGAAGAAAUCGCGAACAUUGAGGAUUCACAGAGAUUUCACUUAAAAAGCUUUGUCUUUCAGUCCGACAGAAAUUCAGUCCUGAAUGCUGUCCCUACUUCUCUAGUUACCUAUAGAAAGAGCAAAGUCUCCUCUCCAAUUCCACUGCCAGGAAUAAAGAGCAAAACCUGCAAUUCAUCGUCACCCGAAUGGACUUUCAACAGAACCCUGUCUAACCUCAUCAGGAAAAACAUUUUGAGGUUCCUGGAUGCUGAGAGGGACAUCUCAAUUCUUAAGAGCACCUUUAAACCGGGGGAUGUAAUUCAUUAUAUAUUUGACCGCCAGAGCACCACAAACAUCUCUGAGAACCUCUACCAACUGUUGCCGACGGUGUCCCCCAUGAAGAACCAGCAUUACAAACAAUGUGCCAUCGUAGGGAACUCUGGGAUAUUACUGAAUAGCAGCUGCGGCAGAGAGAUUGAUUCACAUGACUUUGUCAUUAGGUGCAACCUUGCUCCUGUGGAGGAGUAUUCAGCUGAUGUGGGCCUGCGCACCAGUCUGGUGACCAUGAACCCUUCUGUGGUCCAGCGUGCCUUUCAGGACCUGAACAGUGAGGAGUGGGUGCAGCGCUUCGUCCACAGGCUGCAGAGCCUCAGUGGGAGUGUGCUGUGGAUCCCUGCCUUCAUGGCUAAAGGAGGAGAGGAGCGAGUGCAGUGGGUCAUCCGCCUCAUUCUUCUGCAUACCAUGAACGUCCGCACCGCCUUCCCCUCCCUGCGCCUGCUCCAUGCUGUCAGAGGGUACUGGUUGACCAAUCAUGUCCAGAUCAAAAGGCCCACCACCGGACUCCUGAUGUACACCAUGGCCACGCGCUUUUGUGAUGAGAUCCACCUGUACGGCUUCUGGCCUUUCGCUCAUGGACCUGACGGCAAACCGGUCAAGUAUCACUACUACGACACGCUAACUUACCACUACACAUCUAGAGCCAGUCCGCAUACAAUGCCUUUGGAAUUUCGAACUUUAAGUGCUCUUCACAGACAGGGGGCGCUGCGGCUGCACACGGGACCAUGUGAACUGCCAACAUGAGUUUUUACAGUCCCAUUCAAAAUGGGUUUAUACACUGGACCUUAAACACGCUUGGAGAAAGAAAUGCUGUGACAAAAUCUGGAUUACCUGAAUAUUCCAGGUAAAUCUCUGACCAAAUGUGAGAAUGCAAUAUAUGAACGGGGCAAGGGUUUCUUACGUGUUUAACCUUAAGAAGGUUUUUAAUCCCCAAAUAAGGCUCUUUUAUGUGUGUUAAGGAUGUUUUAUGUUUUCAUGUCCCAUGUUUUU